AUGUUUAUCGAACGCCGCCUUCUCCGUGGGGUGACUACUUAUUCUGCCGUUGUGGAGAGUGAGACUAAUUAUCUCCUCAAACUGACAUAUUUUGACGAGCGGACGAAAUUCUUUGCCCUCAUCCACGAAUCCCGGGCUGAGAUCGAAACUACUGUUGCAUAUCAUCUUGGUCUCGAGUCGUCAAAGCAAUGCCACGUUGAGGAAAUGGCACAGUGGAUACACGGCACUUUUAACGUUUGUGUCCCUGUUCGAAUUGAACCUUCUCAAGACCGGGUAAUUAUAAGGUUUACGCUGCCAUAUCGCAACGGAGAAAAAGUUUUCCCUGGGAACGCCGAUGAGAAAGUCCGUUGUGAAGCUGGGGCGUAUGCGUGGUUACAGCAGGAGUGUCCAUCUAUCCCAAUUCCGUAUUUACAUGGCUUCGGCUUAUCGAACGGUCUACAUUUUAGAUCUGUGAGAAAUUUUCCCUGGUUAUCUCGAUGGGCGCAGAAGCUCCGCCAGGCCCUGUUGUCGAUGUGGCACCGUCAGCAACCCUCCAACUAUAUCCCGACCCACGCCUUAACGCUUCCAAAUUCAAUUGGGUCAUAUUUGGUGAUGGAUUAUAUUGAAGAGUCAGAAGGACAAAUGCUGUCUGAAACAUGGGACGAGUAUCGGGAAGACAAAAAGCGUCUUACGAAUCUCUUCCAUGGGCUGUCAGGUCUAAUGCUACAAAUGAGUCGAAUCAAAUUGCCAAAAAUUGGAUCUUUUAUUAUCGAUGAUACCGGCUUUCUCAGGUUGGCGAAUCGACCACUUACCUCGAUGCUUCAAGAAUUAGAAAAUGCAGGGGUUCCAAUGCAUAUUGCGAGGGACCGCACCUUCACAAGUGUAAUUGCAUACGUCGCUGAUCUCCUCGCAUAUCAUGACAAUCAGCUUCGACAAAACGCAAAUGCUGUCAAGGGCUUAGGUGACUGUGUCAGUCAAAUAUGUGCGCUAACAAUCAUGAAAGCUGUAGCACCACAAUUUUAUAAUCAUGACUAUGACGCUGGUCCGUUUGUAUUCUCCUUGACUGAUCUACACCAGAGCAAUAUCUUUGUCGACAAAGACUGGAACGUAACCUAUAUAAUCGACCUGGAAUGGGCUGCUUCCCUUCCUGUUGAGUUCAUCCAGCUGCCGCACUGGUUGGCUGGCAAAGAGGUUGAUGGAAUCGAACCGGACCUUUACACCGCCUACCUUGAAGAAUAUGUGGGCAUUCUGAGAGAGGGCGAAAAGAAGGUGGACGAAGCUGAGAGUCAUCCAUUUAAGUUGUCUCACACUAUAGAUUCCGGAUGGAAGGUGGGCACAUUUUGGUUUAACCUCGCUCUGCGGAGUCCGCCUGCAAUGCAUUCACUGUUCUACAACAGGAUCCAACCUCAGUUCGCCUCGCAACACUUGAAGGAUCAGGAAUUUUAUAAGGUUGUCGCAUUCUACUGGUGUCGCGAAGCCAGUGCCUUCAUUCGGACAAAGUGCAAUGACAAAAAAAACUAUGAUAUCCGGCUUAAGGAGGCAUUUCAGAGCAACGAUUAGGUACAAAAACCCAUGUAUCCCAGUGCAGUCCAUCCAACAUUCAACUUCUGUUUCGCCUGCACGUUGAGCUGCAUUGUUUCAAAGGCCCCUCCCACAUCCAUACGACAUUUAGCUAUUCUCCCUUGAUUUAUCAUUAUUAUUUGCAGUGGUGCCUUGCUCCGCCUCCAUGUCGAGGAAUGUGUUCUGGAGGACUCUGUCUAAGACGUUCCGUGCCCUCUUU